AUGUCACACCAGACGGGCAUCCGUUGCAACGAACAGCUGCUCCAAUUCAUCUCCAAAUGCAAGACUGAGUCCACGGAACAGAUCCGACUCAUAAAGGUGUCCAUUCAUAACGAAGAGCUGAUCCUCGAUGAGUACAAAGAGCCGGCCGACGACUGGGAGGAAGACUACCGGCGGUUCGUGAAGCGCAUGGUUUUGGUGUCAGAGCCCACGUAUAUACUGUUCCGCUUGGACUCGAGGGACGCGUCCGGCACUUAUGAAUGGCUGUUCAUUCUGUGGACUCCCGAAGACAGCAGUAUUCGCAAGAAGAUGGUCUACGCGUCCACUAAAGCCACGCUUAAGCAACAGUUUGGCGGCGGAAACAUCGCUCACGACUACUUCGCCACCACUUUUGAUGAGAUCUCGUUCUCCGGUCUCCAGAGUUGGCUCAAAAGCAAUAAAGAAGGGCUUCCGUUGACUCGCGAGGAACAGGAGCUGAAGACUGUCCGCCGGGACGAAGCCCUGUCCUCGUGUAUCACCAAAACCAAUAAAACACUUCCGGGACUCGAGUUUCCCAUCGAUUCGGAGGCCAUUAACGCCUUGUUUGACCUCAAAGAUGAUAAUCUAAGUUACGUUCAGUUGAAUAUAGACGUGAAGAACGAAGAGAUCAGACUUUGCAAGAAGAAGACCACCAAUGAGUUAGACAUUCAUAAUAUCGAGACAGAGAUACCCAAUGAUAGCGCCCGCUAUCAUCUCAUAGUAUUCAGGCAUACCUUUGAUGGCGAGUUUCAUAAGAGUAUUGUAUUCGUGUAUUCAAUACCCAAUAGUUAUAUAUCAGUGAAGGAGCGGAUGCUGUACUCGUCCUGUAAGAGCGCAUUACUCAACGCCAUCACCGAUCGGAUCGGCAUUCAAAUCGACAAACGUCUUGAGAUCGACAAUCCGGGAGAAUUGACCCAUAAUUUCCUCAUCGAAGAGCUCCACCCGAGAGUAGAUAUCGUCCGCAAAGCGUUUGAUAAGCCUAAGGGUCCGGUCGGGAAGAGAGGCGGCAAACGGCUCAUUAAGACCAAUGGAGACGAUUAA